AUGGCCCGUAUAGCCGUCCUAUUUGCUACCUUUUUUGUCUUGCUGCAAGCGGUCCUUGCUGCUGCCCUAACCGACGGCCUCUAUCGUAUCAGACAAGGAAGUUUACAACUUAGUACGGAAAAAGCGAAGCCGGGAUCGCCGGCGGUUUUAAUGCCCGACAAUGGAGAUUUCGAACAAAUCUGGCUCAUCCAGCACUUUAAAGGUAAUAGCGUCAUCAUUUCGAGCCUGGAGACAGGUUGUUACCUCGGGCCGCAUGGCGAAGCCUACCCUAACGCUAUUGUGGUCGCUGGUAAGAAGUUCCAGAUAUGGAAGCUCAAGAAGAAUAAGGAAGAAGGCACAUACAGCUUUGUCUAUCCUGAGAAGUUUAACGGCGAGGAUAUUUUUAUCGGUGUCCUGCCUCUCCCAAUCGUUCCACCUCAAGUUGCUCUACAAUUAGUAAAAGGACCAGGAGGUUUCCCAACCUACUGGGAGCUUGAUAAGGUUGAAUAG